AAAACACUCCGGAGCCGAGAAGGGAAUCAAUUGGCCGCAGGGAUGCGAGUCGUUUCUGCUUGACACGUUACUCUGAAAUAACAGCAACACAAACAGUCCUAUGACAUCGGAGCCGCUUGAUUUCCGACUCGGGGAGAAUAGUGUGACAGCCGGCGAGGAGCCUGUUCCUGCACAGCAGCAUCGACAUGGGUGUGAUCAGCGUGCAACUGGUGGUUACCAUGGUAAUGGCUUGCGUGAUUCAGAAAAUUAUACCUCACUACUCCUUCGCAAGAUGGCUGCUUUGCAGUGGCAGUCUGCGUUGGUACCAGCAUCCAACAGAAGAUGAGUUGAGGAGCCUCGCUGGAAAGCACCAGAAAGGAGCAAAGAACAAAAAGGACAGGAAAUACAACGGGCACAUAGAAAAUAAGCCACUGACAGUUCCCAAAGACAUCGACCUCCAGCUGGAAACGAAAUGUAUUGCGGAAGUGGACACACUCGCUUUGCACUACUUCCCAGAGUUUCAGUGGCUGGUGGACUUCACAGUGGCAGCGACAGCAGUGUACCUCAUCACUGAACUGUACUUCUGUGUGGCUGAGCCUAAUGGAGAGAUGAACAUCAGUGUGGUGUGGAGUUUGUUAGUACUGGCUUUUGUCAUUAAGAUCCUCUUCUCCCUCACGGCUCACUACUUUAAGCUUGAGGAAGGUGGUGAGAGAUCUCUCUGCAUUACCUUUGGGUUCUUCUUCUUUGUCAAAGCAAUGGCCAUCCUCGUCGUCACUGAGAACUACUUGGAGUUUGGACUUGAAUCGGGUUUUGCUAAUUUUUCUGAAAGUGCUGUUCAGUUUCUGGAGACUCAAGGCCUUCAGUCCCAGGGCCCCAUAUCAAAACUAACCUUUAAGCUGAUUCUGGCUUUACUCUGCUCUCUGAUUGGAGCGUUUCUCACCUUCCCUGGGCUGCGAUUGGCCCAGAUGCAUCUCGAUGCCCUCACCCUAAACAUCAGCAAAGUUACACAGACGUUGCUGCAUAUCAACUUCUUGGCCCCACUUAUAAUGGUACUGUUGUGGGUGAAGCCCAUAACCAAGGAUUAUAUAAUGAAUCCUACUCUGGGUAAAGAAAGUGUGCCUUUGAUGUCAGAGAAAACAUAUGACGCGCUGCGCCUGUGGACCAUUUUACUUCUGUGUGCACUGAGGCUGGCUAUGAUGCGCCACCACCUACAGGCCUACCUCAACCUUGCCCAGAAGGGUGUUGAGCAGAUGAAGAAGGAAGCUGGGCGCAUCAGCACAGUCGAGCUGCAGAAAAUGGUUGCUCGUGUCUUUUACUAUCUAUGUGUGAUAGCUCUUCAGUAUGUGGCACCGCUGGUGAUGCUGCUGCAUACAACUUUGCUGCUAAAGACAUUAGGUGGACAUUCCUGGGGCAUUUAUGCUGAAGAGAAUGAGGAUUGUAACCUGGGCACAGCAGGAGAAGCAGAAGCUCAUGCACCACGAACAGUGGCACAACUCUCUGUGGCUUUGGGAGGACUGAGGACUGUUUUCACGCCUCUGCUUUUUCGAGGCCUCCUCUCUUUCCUCACCUGGUGGAUUGCUGCCUGUUUGUUCUCCACGUCACUCUUUGGUCUGUUUUACCACCAAUACCUAAUGGCUGCAUAGCGACAGGCAACCUGAGGGCCAGGGCUAGCAGAAAGGACUGUAUAGCCAAAGGCCUGGAAACUUAAUACAUUUUUUUCCACAACCAUAUCUCUUUUACGGGCUUCCGUUAUGUAGACAAACAGGUUUUCAGCAUCACAGUCAGUCAACCAUAGCGAACAAUAAUAGUAAUAACAAUUCAUGAUUUGAUAUUCAUAAUGUUGGGAAUAGUAGGAGGAUUGUCUCCGGGACAGGGGGUGUGUAUGUUGAAUUAAUAAUGCAGGACACCCAUUAAUUUGCAGGUGGAUUUUUUUUUUUAAUGGGCCUUUUUUUGUUUGUUUGUUUUAAACACACUGAGAAUUUUUUGCAUUGCUUAUUGAGAUACUGUAUUUUUUAGAGUUUGAAAUGGAUGAUAGAUGAUAUGCAAAAACAAGCGUGAUUUUUAAAUGUGAUUUUAAGUCAUUUUUCACUUUCACCUCUGAAAUCUGGCUCUGCUGUAGGGAAGGUGGACACCCCAGUGUUAUACAACUCUUAAUAACUAACAGGUGUUGUUGCAGUAUGGCGUAGAAUAACACUGGGGCUGUGGAUUGCACCUGGGGGGGGGGGUUAUUAAUUAAAUGUGAUGGUUGUUUUUAUCUUUAUUGCCAGGCAGGUGCUUGAUAGGCCUUCCUGUUUGAGUUUGUGUAACUGUACAAAGACUGAGCUAAUUUAACAGUAUGUGUGUGUGUGCAUGUGCGUAUGUGUGUGUGUGAGAACAGACAAGUGUUAGAAUAAAGACAUCAAUGCCUGCAGGCUGCAGCUGACCCCUGCCGCUUGCAGGCGUAAAUCUAAAAAGGGCAUUUUGAACAAGAAAGGAGCGAUCUUUGGAAACGAUCUAAAGCACUGGCCUCCGCUUUGCUCCUGUCUCUCCUUUUAGUUAAACUGGUCAAACGUUUUGCUUUGAAUCUAGGGUCCAGCGUGAUCAAACAGAGCCUGCAAGUGCACCGCACAUGCUGCCAUGUCAUGCCUAUUGAUUUGCCGUCACGGCUCUAGUAUUUGGAUUGAUUUCCGUUUAGCUUUAUAUUAAGGUGCCAAGGAUGCGUGUAAGCUCUAAUCUGUUGUGAGUGUAACUGCUUGUGUCCAUUCUCAGACAUCGAAGCCAUGUGACCUGCUGUGAAACACAAGUAUUCACACUGAAAUGUACUCUAGAGUGUACAAGCAAUAGGGAAGAAAAAUCACAGCUUGUUACAAAGAGCGUUUAAUAUGUUUUGUGUGCCUCGUGUGCAGCAGUACAGGAAGUUUGAAUUCUGAAGAUUUUAUUCAUUUUGGUCAGUAAAAACACAGGGAUUGCACUAAAGCUCAGACAAGCAGAACAGAUACAGUAUACACAUAUCAGUCUGAUUUGUAAUUGUCUAUAAUUAUUACUACCAUUUUAACUCUUUUAUGAGUUGUAAUCGUCAGUCUUAUCUUCUCUUCUUCUCCAUUUUGCAUUUUGGAGAGCGUGCACACUAUGAAUGUAUCAGUCUUUCAGUUUUGAAGUUUUUUUUCCUCCCACUUUUCAAAUGUUCAUUGUUUUUCCUGGUUCAGCUACAAAUUUUAAACCUGACCAAGUGGGUGACACGUUUGGUUAGUAUUGCUGACCAGUUAUUUAUUCAGCAUGCAGUGGUUUAACAUUCAGAAGGCUGUCUGUUGCCCGGGAUACCAUGCCUCUGAAUCAGUAUUAAAUAAAGGAACAGGACAGUAACAGUG